UAUCUGCAGGAGAGCCACGCCAUUGGCUGCCGAGGGCCCCCUGGGGGCGGAGCAAACCGGAUUCAGCGUCGAAUGUUUCGUUUCCAGCUGUCACUCAUGAAACUUCCAGUAUACGCCGUGGCUCACCUGUGCAAGACAGAUAUGGACGACCAGGGAUGCCCGAGGUGCAAAACAACUAAGUACCGGAAUCCGUCCUUGAAGCUGAUGGUGAACGUCUGCGGACACACACUAUGCGAGAACUGUGUGGAGAUGCUGUUUGUGCGCGGCUCCGGCAACUGCGUACAGUGCGACACGCCCCUGAGGAAGAGCAACUUCCGAGUGCAGCUCUUCGAGGACCCGACCGUAGAUAAGGAGGUGGAGAUCCGCAAGAAGGUGCUGAAGAUAUAUAACAAGAGAGAUUUUGACUUCCCCAGCCUCAGAGAAUAUAAUGAUUACUUGGAGCAAGUGGAAGACAUAGUGUAUAACCUAACAAACAAUAUUGAUGUGGAAAACACCAAGCUGAGGAUGGAGCAGUACCAGAGGGACAAUAAGGAUCUAAUUCAACGGAACAAGGCUAAACUUACUCGAGAACAGGAGGAGCUGGAAGAGCUGCUGUUAUUGGAGCAGCAGGGCAAUGAGCAGCGGAGACUCGAGGCUCUGCAGGAGGAACAGAGGCAGCUAAAUGCUAAGAGGAAGAACAAGCAGGCUCUGCUGGAUGAACUAGAACAGUCUCAACUUCCUGCCACCAUCUUGCUCGCCCAACACAAGGCCCGUGCUGCCCAGCUGGAGACUCAGAUAGAUCAGCAGAAGCAGACAGUCAAACCUACCAAUCUGUUUUCAACAGGAAUCCAUAUGCGCCAGACGGUCUCGCUACAGACUGUACCCAGGAUUGAAGAGGUUUUGUACCACUACCAUCCUCUUCACAUUGAGACCUAUGGACCACAAGUGCCUGAACUGGAGCAGCUGAGCAGAUUUGGGUAUCUGAACCACGUGCGGGCCGCCAUGCCUCAGGACACAGCUGGAGGAUACACUUCAGCUUUGGCGUGUCAUCGGGCCAUUCAAGAUGCUUUCAGUGGACUGUUCCCUCAGAAAGGCUGAACACAUCCAGACCUGGACUGGAAAUACAGAACUACCACCAUUGUGGAGAAGGCGAAAGCCUUGGUGGUGAGAAGUGCUCUGCCUCAUUUUUGUAGAUGUAAAUACCUUUGUUUUAUAUUAAAAUGAAUCACAACCAA